CUUUUCUGGACUAGUCACUCCGAAUCCACUUCUUAUUUACCUGGGCUGUGCAAAAAUGCUGGCAAGCUUCUGUGGCACAUGGGACAUCAUCAGCAAUGUCAACUUUGAGGGCUACAUGAUCGCUUUAGAUAUUACCCCUUCCUUGAGAAAGAUUGCGCUGAAGCUGAAACUGAGGAAGGUGAUUGAUAAGCAGGGCGACCAGUACAUCAUCAAAACAUGCAGUACCUUCCGGAACUACACCGUCUCCUUCACACUUGGCCAAGAGUUCCAGGAGUUCACCGAGGGGUUAGACAACAGGCACAUGAAGACACUAGUGACUUGGGAGGGGAACAAGCUGGUGUGUGAACAAUCUGGUGAGAAGAAGAACAGGGGAUGGACUCACUGGAUUGAAGAGGACAAACUUCACCUGGAGAUGUACUGUGAAGGAGAAAUCUGCAAGCAGAUUUUCAAGAGGAACUUCAAUGAGUGAAGUUCAUCCAGACCGAAAACAUGAUCAAGACUGGUGUAUAAAUGGUGUAAAAAUGGACUUCAAUAUAACAAUUGAUGACACUUGAGGAAGGCUCUAACUACAGUAUGACGAAAUGGGUUUUACCACAAGAGGGCAGCCCUGGAUAAUGUUUGUCCAGUAUAACAACACCGAGCAAAAGUUAUGCAAUUGCGUGCCUCUUUCUACAUGAUAACAUGUUUACCUCGGGAAGUAUCUUAUGUGUAUGUAUACGUCUGGAUAUCUCCAGUUUGAUGGGACAACUGUGAGAUGAAACAUGGGUUUUCAAAGUUUGUCCCUCUCUGAAAAACUGAUUUGAUGGAGUUUUCUGUUCACAUUACACUGUUUACUGUCUCACUGUAGGGGCUAAAAAUCUAUGCAUUUUGCCUUGGAACGUAAACUGAAGUUAGCUUAGCAGUUUUGAAAAGUAUGUUUUCAGUUUAUUUUUUCUUAAGAUGCUGUCCCUCCCCUGUGCCUUGCACUUUGAAAACCCCCCGCUUUACUUAUUUGUCUGUAGAGUAUAAAAUAAUACAACGUAUGGAUGCCUAUAAGAUUUGUACACUAAACACUAUGUA